AUGACUGCAAAUAUUAAUAUUCCUUCUAAGAAACACUGGUGUUUCGACAGUUUCGACACCAGUGGAUCACAACUGUUUUUGUCUACGCCUCCACCUCAUCGCUGUCUUCUUCGACGCCUUUACCACAUCGCUGUCUUCAUCUACGCUCCUUCGCCUCAUCGCUGUCUUCAUCUACGCUGUAGCCUUCGCCUCAUCGCUGUCUUCAUCUACGCUGUCGCCUUCGCCUCAUCGCCGUCUUCAUCUACGCUGUCGCCUUCGCCUCAUCGCCGUCUUCAUCUACGCUGUCCCCUUCGCCUCAUCGCCGUCUUCAUCUACGCUGUCGCCUUUGCCUCAUCGCUCGCUAUCUUCAUCUACGCUUUCACCUCCGCCUUCGCCUCAUCGCUGUCUUCAUCCCAUUGCCGUCUUCGAUCCAUCUAUCCAAAAAAUCCAUGGCUUAGUUACACGGAAAAGAGGACAAAAAAAAGGUGCAGCUCAGCAGACAGCCCACGGCGUCGGAAGGAGGCCUCAGUGGAACGUCGCUCUGGUAUUGUUUUGUUUUGCAUUGUAGUGUUUAAGUUAACCCGUUGGCUGCCACCCCGUUUGCGUCCCAUUUUUUUUGUAGCUUGUAGGGACUGGGCGCUGUUCUGCCUCAUGGUCUAUACCAUGGGGGGAACAGUCGCCAAUGCACCUAAAGGCUUUGUGCCUUUAGGUGCUGUAGGCAAUGCACCAGUAGGGACUUCUCUUUGUCGGUGUGGUGAUAGAUUCCUGGGGUGUGCAUUCCCGAAAUGGUUUCUAUCACCGUGCCAGCCCGGACUUGUCUUCGGACAAGUCCCAUCUUGGUCGGGGAUCCUUAGGACGCGAUGUGUAGUAACUGUAGUUUAAGCAACCUACGGGUUGCAUGGCCUGGCAGCCAACGGGUUAACUUAGCAUAUGUGUUUGUAUAUUUGUGUAUGCAUGUAAUUUUUAUGAAAUGUGUUAUGUAAAAUAGUGGUGGAAUUGUUGGGUGGAGGUGGGACAAUAAAAACAAUUCAAAUUUAA